ACCUUUGCUUUCUUGUUCUCUCCGCAUAAACACUGAACGGAAGCAAGGAGGCGACAGUCACCGGGACAGAAAGGAAGAGAAAGAUGGAGCAAACAUUCAUCAUGAUAAAGCCUGAUGGGGUCCAGAGAGGCCUGGUUGGUGAAAUCAUUGGCAGAUUUGAGAAGAAAGGGUUCUAUUUGAAAGGAUUGAAACUCAUCAAUGUGGAACGUGCCUUUGCUGAGAAGCACUAUGCCGACCUGUCUGCAAAGCCCUUCUUUAAUGGACUUGUAGAGUACAUCAUCUCUGGUCCUGUUGUCGCUAUGGUUUGGGAGGGUAAGAAUGUUGUUACCACCGGUCGCAAGAUUAUUGGAGCCACAAACCCAGCUGAGUCUGCUCCGGGAACCAUCCGCGGUGACUAUGCAAUUGACAUUGGCAGGAAUGUGAUUCAUGGAAGUGAUUCAGUUGAGAGUGCAAGGAAGGAAAUUGCCUUGUGGUUCCCUGAAUGCCCUGUUAACUGGGAGAGCAGCCUUCAUCCCUGGAUCUACGAAUAGAGAUUUCUUGGUCUUGAGCUGUCGCCCGCCAUGGCAUUUCAGCUCAUACCCCCGUUUCCUUUUUGCCAUAUUACUGAACUUUUGUAUUAAGUGGACUUUGUUUAGGUUAUGGUAGCGUUUAAGAUGUUUGUCGGAAGCCAGUAUUAUUAUGCAGCGUGUGCUGAAACUUUGUAGCAUCUGGGUAUUGGUUUGUAUGAGUAGAAUUCCAGUAUUUUAAUGCACUCUUGAAACGUA